UAGUAAAGGGCUGCAGGAGCUGUGGAGAGCCGGUUAGGCCUGUGGAGCUGAAGCCGCGGUGUCGGUUCGGCUGCGGCGCCGGAUGACAGUGCGUCCUCACGCGGUCACACGCUGAAGUUUCAAUCGAUUACCUGGACAAUGGCAACAACAAGAUGGCAAUCCAGCAGGCUGACAAACUGCUCAAGAAGCACAAAGAUCUGCACUGUGCAAAGGUCUUGAAGGCGAUCGGUCUGCAGCGCACCGGCAGACAGGACGAAGCCUUCACAUUGGCGCAGGAAGUGGCCGUUCUCGAACCCACAGACGACAACUCUUUGCAAGCACUGACCAUCCUCUACAGAGAAAUGCACCGGCCCGAGUUAGUGACCAAGCUUUAUGAAGCUGCAGUCCGGAAAGUUCCAGCGAGCGAGGAGUACCACUCUCACCUCUUCAUGGCCUACGCCCGGGUCGGGGAGUACAAGAAAAUGCAACAGGCUGGAAUGGCGUUAUAUAAAAUUGUCCCCAAAAACCCAUAUUACUUCUGGUCAGUGAUGAGCUUGGUGAUGCAGGCCAUUUCAGCACAAGACGAGAAGCUCUCUCAGACCAUGUUCCUGCCACUGGCUGAGCGUAUGGUGGAAAAAAUGGUCAAGGAGGAAAAAAUAGAGGCAGAAGCUGAGGUCCAGCUGUACUUCAUGAUCCUGGAGCGUUUGGGCAAAUAUGUGGAGGCACUGGAUGUGGUUCAGGGGCCACUUGGAGAGAAGCUGACCAGUGAACUGCAGAGCCGUGAGAACAAAUGCAUGAUGCUGUACCGCCGUCUGGAGCGCUGGGCCGAGUGCAACGCUCUGUCCUGCAAGCUGCUCCUGAAAAACCCUGACGACUGGCAGUUCUACAUAUUGUACUUUGACUCUUUGUUCCACCUUAUUGAUCAGAGCUGGGCACCUCCACAAGAAGGAGCUCAUUCUGCAGAAGGGGAGGUGCAUGCCUCCACAGCCCAGGCCAUCAGCUUCAUGAAGGAUCGAAUAGCCACAGAAGAAGCGAAGGAGUCCAAGCAUCUGAGAGGGCCGUACCUGGCCCGUCUGGAGCUCAUCAGACGGCUCCGAGAGCGCAGCUGUCCUGAAGCACAGCAGCUAGGUGAACCUCUUGAGCUCAUGUUCCAGUUCUUUGUGAAGUUUGGAGACAAGCCAUGUUGCAUCACCGACCUGAAGAUCUUUCUGGAUCUUCUCUCACCUGACCAACAUGUGCAGUUCAUCAACAGGCUAAUGGAGGCCGUGCCUCUGUGCGCUCCAGGAGAGGAUGGUGUUGCUCUUCCAGGAGACACUCGAGCUCUUCAGAGACAUCUGUGUGUGACCCAGCUGAGCCGCAGUCUGGGUCAGCAGCACGCGCUCAACACCGAGGGCAAACUGAGCCUCAUCAAACAACUGAAGGCACAUUACCAGCACGGCUUACAGUUCGGGAAGUCCUGUUUAAAAACCGAGCUGCAGUUCUCUGAUAUGUACUGUCUGAUGGCGGCUCAUGUCUUUAUAGACCUGUGGCUGGAGACGGGUGAUCAGAACAUGUUGUGGCAGUGUCUGGGGCUGUUAGAGGAAGGUCUCUCCCACAGUUCCUCUAAUGCUCAGUUCAAACUGCUGCUUUUGCUUCUGUACUGCCGUCUGGGGGCUUUUGAGCCGGUGGUAGAUCUUUACUCCAGCCUGGACGCCAAACACGUCCAGCACGACACCAUAGGGUAUUUAUUGACCCGCUAUGCAGAGUCUUUGGGCCAGUUUGCUGCUGCUUCCCAAUCUUGUAACUUCUCCCUCAGGUUUUUCCACUCGAACCAGAAAGAUACCUCAGAAUACAUUAUUCAAGCAUAUAAGUACGGGGCUUUUGAGAAAAUCCCUGAGUUCAUCGCCUUCAGGAACCGACUCAAUCACUCGCUACACUUCGCCCAGGUGCGCACGGAGAGGAUGCUGCUGGACCUCUUCCUGGAAGCCGACAUAUCGUCGUCUCUAGAGGAGAGUGUAAAAUCAAUGUCUCUAUGUCCGGAAGAGGACGACAUCCCUUGGGACAGCUUAAGAGAUAACCGUGACCUGACUGUCCUCGUCAGCUGGGACCCUAAGGACCGGCAGCUGAACGAGGAGCACAAGCAGCGCUCUCUAGAGGAAGACACCCUGUGGCUGAGAUUGAGGUCGCUCACGCUGCGUCUGAUUGGCUGCGUCUCUGCGCUCGCUCAUCCACCGGCAUCACGCAACUCUGAGAAGACGACUGAAAACGGAGUGGCGGCCAAACCGUCUUCUCUACAGUCGCUGCUCUCACAGCUAGAAAACACACUAAACCAAGCCACGCAGCUUACGGAAAAACAACCACAGCAUCAGUACCCGUUCGUGGGUCCCGUGGCGUCUCGUCUGGCUCAGGCUCUGUCCAGUGGCUGCUGUCAGUGUCAGCUCUCCUCUCUACAGAUCCCUCUGCACCUCCAGGAGCUCCAGACCACCGGCCUGGAUGACUCAGCAGAGCUCCAAACACAAAUAUCUAAUCUUUUCAAGUCUUUAGCGGUACAACUUCAAGAUAUGUUGGAAAAAUGUAAAGGUGACCUAUUAGAAGUUAAAGACGGUCAAAGCAAGCCACAACCAUUUUUACUGGAGAAUCUAGUCUACUUUGUUGAAUCCAUUUGUAUCGUCCUAUGGGUGUCUAAUUACUGUGGAAGUGUCCUCCGGCCCUUAAAGUCCAGUUUACAGAAGAAGAAGAAAAAGAAAAAAGAAGCCAGCACUGUAACGCCGCCGGUGCUCUCGGCCUAUCAGGAGUUCAGCAGCAGCUUGCAGAGUCUCCUCAAUCAGGCGCUGGAGCACAUCAAGAGCCAAGAGAUCAGCCUGACAGCAGUGAAGCUGGAAGCCCUCAGUCUGGAGGGACAAACCCUGUCUGAGGCAGAAGAGACCUUCACGAAGACUGCCAUGGAUAAGGUGCAUAGCAGCUACCUGCGUUCGCUGCAGGAGAUUGGGGAACUGUUAAAGAAGAGAGCGGACACGUUAAAAUCCUUCAAAAUCUGAGCGCUCCAUCGAUCCGGUCCCCGACCUGCAAUGCUCCACGCGACAGAGUCCUCGGCCCCUAACGCAAUCCUCCCGUCUCAGUCUGUGAACUCAGCUGGUCUCGUCUCCUUUUCCUAUUUAUCCGUCUCAUUACUCACGUACAGGCACACUGUAAAGUUCAACAACGGCUUCAGCACAAACAUCAACGGUGCUCUGCGCAGCACUUUUAAGUGGAAACGUAACAUUCAUAUCCCUAGCAAAACGAAAAUAAGCAAUUUUAGAAGUACUGCUAUAAAUUAUUGUACAUAGUUUGAAGAUAAAGAAUAUCAACGAGAACUCCUUGGCGAAUUAAAGUGAACUGCUUUGUCCUUUUGUCGAUGUCUUGCGUUAUCGUCUCUCUCACUUCCCAGCCGUAAACCUCACGAUUGAUGGUUCAUUUUCAGACGACACUCCAAAGCAAAAUAGUGCCGCUCCGUAUCGCAAGUAGCCAACUUCCAGACUGAUGCAAUCUGCGAUGUGUUUAAGUAGCCGUUCGCGAUGCACAACCAGCCAAGAGCUACGCUUCGUCCCGAGGAGAUUUCACGCAAACUUUUCGUCAGGGUGGCACGAGUAUCCAGAUGCUUCGGGUGCUUCUAUUGCGAUAUUUGUUUGUAUGUUACAAAUGACUUUACUUGAGCCGCAAGCGUACGAAAUGUAGCUUUCCCGAUUGUUUGUUUGGAAUUGCCACAUGUGAAGACAAAUAGCAUUUAGUGCUACUCGAGGUUUGGGUAAGUGUGUGUUUGUUUGUUAUCUUUUGAUUGAUGGUAAAAGACAUUUAUUCAGUCAUGUUUGGAAUUAAUUUUAUGAAUAACUGAAUCAAUUGGUUGGGGAAACGUUGUUUACUUUUUGAAAAAUUGUCGAUUGCACUGAUGAUGUCCCUUAAAUGAUGAGGUUUUAAUGUUGUUGCAUACCAAAAAAUGUCGAAAUUAGCCUUUGCGUUAAAGGGUUGGUUUACCCCAAAAUAAAAAAUCUGACACACAUUCAGAUUCACCCUCAUGUAAUUCCAAAACCAUUGGAAAUUCGUUCAUCUUCGGAACACAAAUAAUAUUAAUCGACUGUGAGAGACUUCGGUCCCUCCAUUUAAAAAGUCUUUCGCCCAAAAACACUGAUGAUUUAAAACAUUUGUAAAGAGAUUUAGCAGUGUAAUCCAAGUUUCUGAAUAAACACAAUCAUUUUAUGUGCUGAACUGAUUUAAUUGUUGCUUUUAUUCACUUAAAACAGAAGCACAAGCUUACUUGCUUGAUAUAUGCAUACUUGUGAAUUUUCAUUGGUUUAAGCAGGCAUGCUUGGGUCGUCGUUACCAAAAAUAAACCUUCUUUGUCGCUGAAUGUGAAUAAAAGCCUAAAAUAAAUGUGUUAAUCUUCAAAAGACUUGGAAUAAAGUCGAUCAAAUUGUAUGAAUUUAUUUUACGAACGUUUUGGGUGAACAGAGUUUCAAGGAUGGACGGAAACAUCUCAGACUUGAUUUAAAAUAUCUUAAUUUGUGUUAUAAACCAAUUUCUUAUGGGUUUGGACUGAAAUGGUGAGUAAAUUGACUGAAUUUUCAUUUUGGGGUGAAAUAAUCCCUUAACCUCGCAGUAGAGUCGAAGGUAGGUUUUUAUACGACUGAUUUGUUGAUGUCUACCGGGAAGUGCAACUUGUUUACAAUGUUUUCAAGCACCGUUUGAAUCAUGUUUCUAGCAUGUGUAGUCCGGUGUGCUACAAUCUACUACAGGCUUUCACCGCUUUAUAUCUGCUCGGGGAGGAUGGAAAGACGCUUUUCUCUUUUUUAUUUUGAUGUUCUUGUGUCGCUCCGGGACUGAAGGGCUCAUUUGGUGUCCUCACCCUCACAAAGACUGAGGAGGUCAAGAGCUGGUUGGAACUGUGUUGGCUUAUCAACUCUUUUGUUAGGGAAAUGGAGAAAAUAAACAAAAACACUGGAAUGUGAAAAGGAGUUUUUUUUUAAAUAAAAAGUAAUUGUUCCAUA